AUGGAAGUAACACACACCGAUAUUGCUAUUGUCAAAUUACAUGAGGGUGUUCAGUUUAUUAAUGAGACCUUCGAGAACACGAUAGUUGGAGGACCACCUGUCCGGCUACAGGAAUUUGCACAAGCAAGCGAGAUACACAUUGGUUCAGAGCUAUAUAUGGACAAUCCUUUCACUGGUUACGCCGAAGGAACUUGCGGUCCGCAUUCGAUCUCUCGAAUUCCUACCGAUGAUCCGCAUAAACCAGAGCAGCUGUGGAUUAGGACUCGCUGGGAUUAUUUGGGGCAAGGAUCCAGUAAACAGCUGGAGGAUGGUAUAUGUGGAUCUGCAAUCUGGAAUGGCAACAACAAGGUCAUCGGGUUUUUUCGUUACGCUCCCAAAUCGGGGCAGUUGAGGUUCCUCAACCUGGUUGUUAAACCUCUCGAAUAUCUCAGCCAAUCAGAUCGUUGGGAUCCUAUAUACUGUAAACGGAAACUGCUGGUCAUCAAUCCCAUCCCGUUAUACGAACAUAUAAUCUAUUACAACAGGAAGUUAUUGAGUCAAUAA